UGGUCUUACUUGUCUGAUGCAAGAAGCUCGUAAACCGGUACACGUUGUGUCUUUUUUUAGUUUUCUCAUAUUAAUAUUGUAGUUAUUUGAAGAAAAAUGGUGUUAGAUAUAGAGCGAUUCCGUGCUGAAAAGGGUGGUGACCCAGCUAAAGUCAGAGAAAAUCAAGCCAAACGAUUCAAAGAUGUCACAUUGGUGGAUAAAGUUGUUGAACGAGAUGCAUUAUGGCGAAAGUUAAGAUUUAGAGCAGAUGAACUCAACAAACAGAAGAAUGCUUGCAGCAAGGUGAUAGGUGAAAAAAUGAAGAAAAAGGAACCAGUUGGUGAUGAUGACACUGUUCCUGCCGAAAUAACUGAAAUGCUGACAGAUCAGACGAAGUCUUCGUUCAUUGACAAAAUAAAAGAAUUGACAGUUACACAGAUAAAGAAAAUUCGAGUUCUGAUCGAUGAACACAUGAAAAAGAAUGAUGCCGAUCUACAAGAAAUUAGCACACAGCGAACAGAUGCGCUUAAAGAGAUUGGAAACAUGUUACAUGAGUCUGUUAUCGUUAGCAAUAAUGAAGAAGAAAAUGGAAUAGAGCGCACAUAUGGAGACCUUGAUACCAAGAAACAGUACUCCCAUGUUGAUUUAGUUGUAAUGGUGGAUGGAGUCGAGACAGAAAGGGGAUGCGUUGUGGCAGGUGGACGUGGCUAUUAUCUCAAAGGUCCACUUGUAUUCCUGGAACAAGCCCUCAUUAACCAUGCAUUAACCUCUUUAUAUAGCCAAGGCUAUGAAGCUCUAUACACACCGUUCUUUAUGAGAAAAGAAGUCAUGCAAGAAGUUGCUCAACUCUCACAGUUCGAUGACGAAUUGUACAAGGUUUUAGGAAAAGGAAGUGAAAAAAAAGAAGAUGGAAGUGUAGAUGAAAAAUAUUUGAUUGCCACAUCGGAACAGCCUAUUGCUGCCUAUCAUAGAGAUGAAUGGAUCCCUACUGAGUCCUUACCUAUUAAAUAUGCUGGAUACUCAACUUGUUUUCGACAAGAGGUCGGAUCCCACGGUCGAGACACGAGAGGAAUUUUCCGUGUUCAUCAGUUUGAGAAAAUUGAACAAUUUUGUAUUACCUCCCCCCAUGACAAUAAAUCCUGGGAAAUGUUUGAUGAUAUGAUUAAUAAUGCUGAGGAAUUUACAAAAUCAUUAGGUAUUCCUUACCGCGUGGUCAAUAUAGUUUCUGGAGAGUUGAAUAAUGCUGCAGCAAAGAAAUUAGAUUUAGAAGCAUGGUUUCCUGGAUCAGGUGCUUUCCGAGAAUUAGUAUCCUGUUCAAAUUGUACAGAUUAUCAAUCCAGAAGAUUACGGAUAAGAUAUGGACAAACAAAAAAGAUGAAUCAAGAAGUUGAUUUUGUUCACAUGUUAAAUGCUACCAUGUGUGCUACCACUCGAGUGAUCUGUGCUAUUCUGGAAAACUUCCAAACAGAAGAAGGCGUAAUGGUUCCAGAAGUUCUUCAGAAGUUUAUGCCACAACAAAUUAAAGAAUUAAUUCCUUUUGUUAAACCAGCACCAAUAGACGAGCUGGAGAAUAAAAAACAGAAGAAAAGUAAAGACAAAUUAGCAGAGGGUGUCAAUAAAAUGAAUAUAAAUUAAACUGUGAUCUAAUAACUAUGUAUAAAAUAUUAUUUAUUAUAAUGUACAUCAUAAUAAUACAAUAUGAAUGAACAUCUACUUACAUUGAACAUCUAGAUUUUUAAGCAAUUAUUUAAUUAGUGAACGCCUGAUCACAAUGUCACCAUAAAAGUGUGUUGUUAUCACUCCCAUUUUUCCAUUACUAAAUCUUCUGCCAUGUGUCUACCACUUGGAUAAGCUGUAUUACAUAUACAGUGAAAAUCCUGGUUUCUAAAAGAAAAUAUAGGUGGACAGAUUCUGUGAUCACUAUGACCAAAUUCUGGAAUCUGUCUCCGGCUUACAUUCCAGGCACUUUUUUAGAAAAAUAUUGUUGUUCAGACUCGAGCUUUAAUCACUUUGAAUUAGGGUUGCAACGAUGAAUCGAUGAACCGCGAUGUUUUAAAAAUACACGAUGCACGAUACAAUCAGUGGCUGUAUCGUGGUUAUCCAAAUAAUAAUUUCACAAAAAUAGACUGAUAUUUCUUUAAAUGCGUAUUUAUGAGCAAAAUAACUUUUUUUACUUUCAGCGGGUGUUAAGGCGUUUCAGACACAUGAAGUGGCUUAUUAUAGCUAUUUCAUCAAAAUUAAAAUAAGUCUGGUUAAGCAAGUCGUGCUGGAAAUUAAGUUACGUAAAAAUUACACACUUGAAUAAUGUGGAAAAAAACAACAUAAUAAUAAUAUAUAUUUAUAUAUAUAUAUAUAGGUCUAUAUACGUCUGUAAUAUGCGAUUUGUGAUAAUAUUACUGUAUAAGAAUGGCGAUUUGUACAUACUGCAUACAUUGAUCUGCACAUUUUCAAUGUAUAUUAAUAUUUGAUAUUAAAAUCUUUGUAAUGUUAUUUCCUUUGCUGUUCCAUAAUCUAUGACUGACCUUACACCGAGAAAACUUUUCAUUGGGUGAAAUUAUUGUGGCAAUACGAGCCAGCCAGCUAAUAUUUUUUCAUAUUGAAUUCACCAAAUUCAAGUUGCAUGAUUGACAAAAGCAAUAUUGAGAUCGAAAUCCCCCAUACCAAGUAUAUAAGUCACAAGUCAAGUAUGGGAGUUUUUAGGAUUUCCCAUUACGCAUGACAGUAAUGAAAUCCGGUCAGUUGACCGAGAAAACACCACAUUUAAAGUAAAUCAUAAAAGUAGGCCUUUGAGUUGUCACACUGAAAGAUUGUCAAAAUUUAACAGCAUUUUUUAAAAUUUAUUUCCUACAUCACGAUAUCAAUUGUAUCGUAGACUAUGAAUUGUGAUGGCGCAUCGUAUCAUUGCAGCCCUACUUUAAAUGAUCUUAAAUCAUAUUAUAUGUAAUAUUCAGUAAGGGCAUUUCAAUAUUUAUCACUUUUGAGUAUAUUUAUUGCUCCUAUUAUAAUAAUUUUUAAUAAAUUAUUAAUUUUUCAGAACAACACUUUAAAGUUUAAAGGCACAAUUUGUCAAUUACAUAAUACUCAAAGCAACUUGUAAGUGGGGGUGUUGUGUUUGUGACCAGCAUUUUAGAAUGUAAAUUGCUUGUUAAUCAUGAUGGUUAUGUUACACUCUACAUGUAAGCUUAAUAUUAUGAAUUGUAUUAUGCUUUAUAUACAUAUGUGACUGUCAUUAAAGGAUUUACAGUAAAAUAACUGUAGUCCAACUUACAAAAACCA